AUGGACGCGGUGCUGCUGGAGCACUUCCCCGCGGGGCUGGACUCCUUCUCCUCGCCGCCCUACUUCGACGAGGAGGACUUCUUCCCCGAGCCGCCCUCGCGGGAGGCGCUGGGCGCCGACGGGCUGCCGGAGCCCGACGUGGACUUCCUCGGCCGGCAGCUGCACGAGUACUACCGCGACGGCGGGGACCCCGACGGCGGCUAUUGCUGCGAGCCGGCGGCCGCCGCCUUCCCGCCGUCGCCCGCCUCUCCCGGCUUCGCCUACGAGUGCUGCGGGGCGGCGGGCGCGGGGCUGCUGUCGCCGGGGGGGCGGCUCCGGGCGCUGGGCUCGGCCAAGCGGCGGCGGCGGGAGCGCUCCGAGGCGGAGCUGCAGCAGCUGCGGCAGGCAGCCAACGUGCGGGAGCGCCGGCGGAUGCAGUCCAUCAACGACGCCUUCGAGGGGCUGCGCUCGCACAUCCCCACGCUGCCCUACGAAAAGCGGCUCUCCAAGGUGGACACGCUGCGGCUCGCCAUCGGCUACAUCAACUUCCUCAGCGAGCUGGUGCGCUCCGACCUGCCGCUGCGCAGUGCCGGCGGGGACGGCCCCAGCCAGCCCAAGAAAAUCAUCAUCUGCCACCGCGGCACAAGAUCUCCCUCCCCUAGCGACCCCGACUACGGCCUCCCCCCGCUGGCCGGCCACUCGCUGUCGUGGACCGACGAGAAGCAGCUCAAGGAGCAAAACGUCAUCAGGACGGCCAAGGUGUGGACCCCCGAGGACCCGCGGAAGGCGAACGCCAAACCCUCGCUCAGCGACAUCGAGAACGAACCCCCCCUCGGCUUCGUGCCGUGAGGCUGCGCCCCUCCACCCCCGUGCUGCACGGACAGACUUCCACCCCAAGUGUAACUUAAGACUCAGACUCUAAGGCAAUCAACUUUAUUUAUCUAUUUAUUACGGAGUAGACGUAAUGAGGUAGAAUUGUCCGUUCUGAAUGUAUAAUUUAUAUAAUUUAUCGUGAUUUUUUAAAGAUAUGCAAGAUAGGUUUAUCCCACCAGCACCUUUUUUUUUGUUUGUUUGUUUGGAAAAAAAAAAAAAUGCCGGAACCUGUGAAAAUAAUUUAUUUCCACACGCGGACUCUUCCUGUGUCUGUGAAUAAUAA